AUGUUUCCUGAUUCCCAUUGUACAAGUGAUGAACUCCCCGCACUCCCAUUAUUCAGCGCCGCAGACAAGCAUGCUACCCAAUUCCCGGGAAAAGCUGCACUUAUCGAUACGAAAGCAAGGAGGGCUUUCACGUACAGAGAGCUACUGGCCGGUACAGCCAAGAUCAAGAACCUUAUUUUACGGACACUCGAGGUGCAUGGCACCGACAUUCAAGAACAACGGAUAGCGUAUUUAGUUCCUUCCGGUAUUGAUCACGUUCAGAUUCAGUGGGGUAUCUGGGCCGCCGGAGGAGUCGCUGUUCCCCUGUGCACGACGCACCCGUUUCACGAAUUGGAGUAUACAGUCACGAACUCCAGACCGACUUUGAUAUUUAUACAUCACGAUUUCUCACAACAUAAGUCGUCAUUUCUCUCGAUUUUUCCUUCGAUCCGGGUAUUGGACGUUCCCCUUUCUCAUUACGAUACGGGAUGUCCUGGUUUCUCAAUACCUUCUACACUAUUUUAUCCAGCAUUUUCGCUUUCUCGAAGGGCUCUCAUUAUUUAUACAUCUGGCACGACCUCGCGACCUAAAGGUUGCGUCACGACACAUGCAAACAUUCAUUUCCAAGCAAAUUCUCUCAUCAAGGCAUGGAAGUAUGCAUCCUCCGAUCAUUUAAUUCACGUUCUACCGCUGCACCAUGUUCAUGGCAUAAUUAAUGGACUUACUGCAACACUUCUCGCCGGUGGCACGGUUGAACUACAUCCGAAAUUCGAUCCAGUUGUGGUCUGGAGACGAUGGAUGAAUGGCGAUUCCACAAUAUUUAUGGCUGUUCCGACAGUUUACUCGCGAUUAAACAAUUAUUUCCUCGAACAUAUAUCUGGAACAGAUGACGAACAACGAGCGAAGGAUGGCACUCGAAAGCUUCGUCUUACUGUCAGUGGAAGCGCAGCAUUACCAACAAGCAUUAAGCAACGGUUUGAAGAAAUUACAGGCCAAGUUUUGCUUGAAAGAUAUGGGAUGACAGAGAUUGGUAUGGGUCUCAGUUGUCGCUAUGAUAAUUCCGAUGGACUUGGACGACCUGACGGAAGCGUCGGUUGGCCUCUUGACGGAGUUGAAGUCAGACUUAUGCACGAUAGUGGCCAAAUAAUACCUCUUGGAUCACAAAGCACAGUCACGACAGGAGUAAAUGGUGGUUAUGAUAACACUACUCUGGAGUCACAAACCCAAAGAAGAACAAGAUCGAACGAUGAUGGAACAACCUUUAUUGAACUACAAGGUAUUGAGCAUCCUGCACAAGCGGAAAGCACACGAGCGGGUUCACAAGCAGAAAGCACACGACCGGACUCCCAAUCACAAAGCAUCGAAAGGCAUAUGAGAUCGCAAAGUAUCGAAGGACAAACAAAAUCGCAAGACAUUGAAAAAAACACAGAGCUAUACAGCCACGAGACGCAUCCAGAACUUGGAAGCCCAACAGUAUUACCAGGAGCAGUUAAUACCGAUGUCUUAGUCCUUAAGUCUGGAGCCCAUAUAGGAAAGUUAAAUCCUCAAUCUUCGGAAAACCCGUCUGAAUCCAAAGUAUCAGUUGGAAUCCCAAAUUCUGAACUGCAAACAGGAGCUUUUGUACCUAAUUUGACCGACGGAGCAACGAAUUCCGGAAAGCCUACAACUCAUUCCAUUAUCGAAAGAGAUACUGAAGAAGUAGCCGCCGAGUUGCCGACCUUAGCACAAAGUCCGUAUAAAGAUCAAAUCAAGCCAUCUAACGAAUUACAAGAUAACAACAAAUCUAUCACGGGAGUAUUUAUCAGUGGCGAGAUUCAAAUUAGAGGCCCAAACGUCUUUAAAGAGUAUUGGGAAAACCCCGAAGCAACAGCCAAAGAGUUCACGGAAGAUGGUUACUUCAAAACAGGUGAUAUCGCCUAUCGUGACCAACACGGUGCUUACUACAUCCAAGGCCGAAGUUCCGUCGAUAUCAUCAAAUCCGGUGGUUACAAGGUCUCAGCACUAGAAGUUGAACGUGAAAUCUUAUCGAAAAUCUCCGAGGUCAGAGAAGUUGCCGUGGUCGGCCUACCUAGUGAAGAAUGGGGAGAAAGAGUCGCUGCCGUCGUUGUGGUUGAACAUGGGGCUAAAGGAAUGGAGUUAAAACAGUUCCGGAAUAUCUUGCGCAGCACAUUAGCUCCAUACAAGAUACCCACACUCUUAACAGUGGUUCACGAGAUUGAAAGGAAUGCAAUGGGAAAAGUCAACAAGAAACAACUGAUCAAGUCCCUCUGGCCAUCAUGA